UAGUUUUUAAUAGCGCGAUCGCGUUGUGUCGCUAGGGUUUUUGGAAAGUAAGAGUGCUAUGAUGGAUCCGGAGAUGAUCCGCCUCGCGCAGGAGCAGAUGAGCCGAAUCCCGCCCGCCGAGCUCUUGCGGAUGCAGCAACAGAUGAUGGGCAAUCCCGACCUCCUGCGCAUGGCAACCGAGGGAAUGAAGAACAUCAGGCCCGAGGAUUUGCGAUUCGCGGCCGAGCAAAUGAAAAAUAUGCCGAGUGAGCAAAUAGCUGACAUGAGCGCCCGGAUGGCCAAUGCAUCACCCGAGCAGAUUGCGGCCAUGAAUGGAGACGCCACUGCCCUGAUGCUGAAGAACCAGGGCAACCAGCUUCAUGGAUCAGGACAAUUUUAUGAAGCCAUAGACAAAUACAAAGAGGCAAAGCUAAAGUCGCUUGGAGUGAGCUCCGCGGCAGCUUCGAAUUUGCGUGUGACUUGCUCGCUGAAUUUGAUGUCAUGCUACCUCAAGACCUCGCAGUACAGCAAAGCCAUCAGCGAAGGCUCGGAGGUUCUUGCUACAGAACCGAGGAACUUGAAAGCUUUGUACCGUCGUGGUCAAGCAUACAAGGAACUGGGAAAGCUUAAGCUUGCUGUAGCGGAUUUGACCGAAGCUGCUGCUGUCGCGCCUGACGAUGAGACUGUAGCAGACGUCUUGCGCGUAGCAAAGGAAGAGCUAGAAAGGGAGGGUGACAAUGUGGAAAAGGUACAAAAAGAGGAUGACUACGUACAACAUAAUAGUGAUGGGCCUAUUAUUGAGGAGAUCACUGAAGAGGAGGCUGAGAGACUGACGUCUACAGUAUCAACGCGCAGGGAAGAAGUUGCUAACCGUGCAACAGAGGGUGAAACGAUGCCAAGGGAGGCCUCCACGAGCAGCUUCUCAGGCAUGUCUCCACCUAAUGACCAAGCCUACGCUGAAGCUAUAAAAUCAAUGAAGCAAAAUCCUGGGUUAUUAAGAAACAUGCAGUCAACUAUGUCGUCUGUGGAUCCCGAGCAGCUUGCUGCCAUGAGCGGCGGCAAAAUGACCCCGGAGAUGGCAAAGUUUGCAGCGGACUUGAUGAAACACAUGUCACCCUCCGACUUGGAAAGGAUGGUCGACAUGGCGAGCGGUUUGAAUCUCAACGGAGGUGCUCCAAGCAGCAGCAGCAGCGGGCCGGAGCCGACAAGGCCCGCAGCUCCAAGCGCCUCUACCGUUCCUUUCCAGCCUUCUCCUGGCAUGCUCCAACCCGACGAGCAGAUGCGUCGGCAGAUGAAAGAUCCAGCAAUGCGAGAGCUCAUGUCAUCGAUGAUCAAGAGCAUGACACCCGAAUCGAUGGCCAGUAUGAGCGAGCAGCUGGGCUUGCAACUUACACCUGAGCAAGCGGUAGCGGCACAGAAAGCGAUGGCCAAUCUUACACCAGACCAGUUGGAUAGAUUGAUGAGAUGGACCGAACGAGCUCAAACGGUGACGGAACAAGCCAAGAGAGCCAAAGCUUGGAUCGUGGGUAAACCGGGAUUGAUGCUAGCGAUCUUGAUGCUCCUCGUCGCGAUUGUUCUUCACUAUCUGGGAUUUAUAGGAUGAGAGUUAAGGAGCUGCAAAAGUAGCUCUGGCCGAGAAGGACCAAAAAGGCUGUCUGUAAUACAUCUGAAAAAUAAAGUCUGCAUUUUUUCGCGAGGCAA